GGAGGCGUGGGGAGUGAAGAGAGAAGAAAGGGGGAGCCUGGGGCUGGGUGUGCGCGCGUGGGAGCGCGCCUCGGAGCGCCCCGCACUCCCCCGCUCCAGCCCGGGGCCACUUCGGGAAGGAGGGAGCGGGAGCCGCGGGAAUAAGAGGGCGCAAGAGAAGCCCUCUCAAAGUGACGCCCCGCACAGGUCCGGAUUUCGAAUCGGAAGCUAAAGGCUGCUAGAAAUUGGGACUCCUCGGCCUCCUCUGCACACCCCCUCCUUCCCCGCCCCGAGCCCCGGCGGUUCGCUGGCUGCCUGCUUCCCCGCCCCCGGCUCGGAGGUCGCUGGCCGGCGGGCGCCCCGUCGGCCGCCGGCUUCCUCCUUGAGAGCCGCCGGCGCACAUGAGGCCGCUGCCCCCGCCGCAGGCGCUGGCGCCCCCCUCGCGGUGCCCGUGGUGAUGCCAUGCCCCGCCACCACGCGGGAGGAGAGGAGGGCGGCGCCGCCGGGCUCUGGGUGAAGAGCGGCGCGGCAGCGGCGGGCGGGGGGCGCCUGGGCAGCGGCAUGAAGGAUGUGGAGUCGGGCCGGGGCAGGGUGCUGCUGAACUCGGCGGCCGCCAGGGGCGACGGCCUGCUGCUGCUGGGCACCCGCGCGGCCGCGCUCGGCGGCAGCGGCGGCGGCGGCGGCGGCCUGAGGGAGAGCCGCCGGGGCAAGCAGGGGGCCCGGAUGAGCCUGCUGGGGAAGCCGCUCUCCUACACGAGUAGCCAGAGCUGCCGGCGCAACGUCAAGUACCGGCGGGUGCAGAACUACCUGUACAACGUGCUGGAGAGACCCCGCGGCUGGGCGUUCGUCUACCACGCAUUCGUUUUUCUCCUUGUCUUUGGUUGCUUGAUUUUGUCAGUGUUUUCUACCAUCCCUGAGCACACAAAAUUGGCCUCAAGUUGCCUCUUGAUUCUGGAGUUCGUGAUGAUUGUCGUCUUUGGUUUGGAGUUCAUCAUUCGAAUCUGGUCUGCGGGUUGCUGUUGUCGGUACAGAGGAUGGCAAGGACGAUUGAGGUUUGCCCGAAAGCCCUUCUGUGUUAUAGUCUUACAGUGCAUCCCAGUGAAGCAGAAAAUGCUGCCUGUUAUUAAUCUUGGAUCUGUAUAUGAUGCUAAAUAUACCAUUGUUCUUAUCGCUUCAAUAGCAGUUGUUUCUGCAAAAACUCAGGGUAAUAUUUUUGCCACGUCCGCACUCAGAAGUCUCCGUUUCCUACAGAUCCUCCGUAUGGUGCGCAUGGACCGAAGGGGAGGCACUUGGAAAUUGCUAGGUUCAGUGGUUUAUGCUCACAGCAAGGAAUUAAUCACAGCUUGGUACAUAGGAUUUUUGGUUCUUAUUUUUUCAUCUUUCCUUGUCUAUCUGGUGGAAAAGGAUGCCAAUAAAGAGUUUUCUACAUAUGCAGAUGCUCUCUGGUGGGGCACAAUUACAUUGACCACUAUUGGCUAUGGAGACAAAACUCCCCUAACUUGGCUGGGAAGAUUGCUUUCUGCAGGCUUUGCGCUCCUUGGCAUUUCUUUCUUUGCCCUUCCUGCCGGCAUUCUUGGCUCAGGUUUUGCAUUAAAAGUACAAGAACAGCACCGCCAGAAACACUUUGAGAAAAGAAGGAACCCAGCUGCCAACCUCAUUCAGUGCGUUUGGCGUAGCUAUGCAGCUGAUGAGAAAUCUGUUUCCAUUGCAACCUGGAAGCCACACUUGAAGGCCUUGCACACCUGCAGCCCUACCAAGAAAGAACAAGGGGAAACAUCAAGCAGUCAGAAGCUAAGUUUUAAGGAGCGAGUGCGUAUGGCUAGCCCAAGGGGCCAGAGUAUUAAGAGCAGACAAGCCUCAGUAGGUGACAGGAGGUCCCCGAGCACCGACAUCACAGCCGAGGGCAGCCCCACUAAAGUGCAGAAGAGCUGGAGCUUCAACGACCGAACACGUUUCCGGCCCUCACUGCGCCUCAAAAGUUCUCAGCCAAAACCAGUGAUAGACGCUGACACAGCACUUGGCACUGAUGAUGUAUAUGAUGAAAAAGGAUGCCAAUGUGACGUAUCUGUAGAAGACCUCACUCCACCACUUAAAACUGUUAUUCGAGCUAUCAGAAUUAUGAAAUUUCAUGUUGCAAAACGGAAGUUUAAGGAAACAUUACGCCCAUAUGAUGUAAAAGAUGUCAUUGAACAAUAUUCUGCUGGUCAUCUGGACAUGUUGUGUAGAAUUAAAAGCCUGCAAACACGAGUUGAUCAAAUUCUUGGAAAAGGACAAAUCACAUCAGAUAAGAAGAGCCGAGAAAAAAUAACAGCAGAAAAUGAGACCACAGAUGACCUCAGUAUGCUCGGCCGGGUGGUCAAGGUUGAAAAACAGGUCCAGUCCAUUGAGUCCAAGCUGGACUGCCUCCUAGACAUCUAUCAACAAGUCCUCCGGAAGGGCUCUGCCUCAGCCCUCACUUUGGCUUCAUUCCAGAUCCCACCUUUUGAAUGUGAACAGACAUCUGACUAUCAAAGCCCUGUGGAUAGCAAAGACCUGUCCAGUUCCGCACAAAACAGCGGCUGCUUAUCCCGAUCAGCCAGUGCCAACAUCUCGCGAGGCCUGCAGUUCAUUCUGACGCCAAAUGAGUUCAGCGCUCAGACUUUCUACGCGCUCAGCCCUUCUAUGCACAGUCAAGCAACACAGGUGCCAAUGAGUCAAAGUGACGGCUCCGCAGUGGCGGCCACCAACAACAUUGCAAACCAAAUAAACGCGGCACCCAAGCCAGCAGCCCCAACAACUUUACAGAUCCCACCUCCUCUCCCAGCCAUCAAGCAUCUGCCCAGGCCAGACACCCUGCACCCAAACCCCGCAGGCUUACAGGAAAGCGCUUCUGACGUCACCACCUGCCUUGUUGCCUCCAAGGAAAAUGUUCAGGUUGCACAGUCAAAUCUGUCCAAGGACCGUUCUCUGAGGAAAAGCUUUGACAUGGGAGGAGAAACUCUGUUGUCCGUCCGCCCCAUGGUGCCGAAGGACUUGGGCAAAUCUUUGUCUGUACAAAAUCUGAUCAGGUCGACAGAGGAACUGAAUAUACAGCUUUCAGGGAGUGAGUCAAGUGGCUCCAGAGGCAGCCAAGAUUUUUACCCCAAAUGGAGGGAAUCCAAAUUGUUUAUAACUGAUGAAGAGGUGGGUCCCGAAGAGACAGAGACAGACACUUUUGAUGCCGCUCCGCAGCCUGCCAGGGAAGCCGCUUUUGCGUCAGACUCUCUAAGGACUGGAAGAUCACGAUCAUCUCAGAGCAUUUGUAAAGUAGGAGAAAGUACAGAUGCCCUCAGCUUGCCUCAUGUCAAACUGAAAUAAGUUCUUCGUUUUCUUUCUAGGCAUAGCAGUUCCUUUAGCCAUACAUAUCAUUGCAUGAACUACUUUGAAAGCCCCUCUAAAAAGCUGAAAUUGCAAGAAUCAGGAAGAACAUGAAAGGCCAUUUAUAAGCCCGUUAUCUUUUAAUUGCAUGAAAAUGCAUGUUUAGGGAUGGCUGAAAUUCCAAGGUGCAUCAACAUUAACCCACUCGUUUAGUAAUGUACCUUGAGUGAAAAAUCCUGAGAAACCAAACACUGCUAAUGCUGUGUAUGAAAAUGUCAAGAUUAGGUCAUGUAGAAUGAUUUGAUGCUGUAUUUUGAAAUUAUGGGAGUAAACACCUUCAAAUUUCAGGCAUUUCUGCUUUGUGAUUAAAUACAAAAUACAUUUUUCAAAAUAAUGCCAUAAUGUAUAUUUAAACACAAUGGCUAGCAACAGCUGCUAACAAGGUAUCAAGUACAGCAGAAUUUGGGAAUAAUAGAAAUGGCUGCUUAUUUCAAGAUAUAUUUGCCAACCCAUUCCUAUUCAGUCAUUUUAUUAUUAAUGUAAUUUGAAUGUCAAUUUGUGUGCUUUUGGUGAUUUAGCGCUGUGGCAAGCAAUUUUGCACAUCAUUUUCAUGUUGUUCUAUAUGACAAGAAUGUUCUUCAAUUAGAAAAUGUACAAAUAAUGAAUUUCAAGCCAGUGGGACAUGGACUGACUAUUUAACAUAUUUGACUUUAUGGAAACAUAUUCCCUGAUGGCAGAAUCAACUUUAUAAGUGGGCAACUUCUACACAAGCAUAUGAAACAAGGAUCGGUAGAAUAGCCAGUGUGAUUGGGCGGGUCUCUGCAAUGGCACCAACCCCAGGCUUGCCAAUACUGCCCAGGUAAAGGGCAAGCAUGAGACGCUGUUCUCAUUUAGCUGACAUAUAGGUAGGACCCAGGAGAAUGGGCCAUAUGAGUGAGACUGACGGAGGAAAGACUUGGAAAGAAUCCAGAAAUACCAGGAAGUAGGCAAAGUUAAAGAAAAUGACUCCCCCACUCAAAGGACAAUGAGAGGGAGAGAAACGAAAAUAAAAGAACUAGAUUUUUUAGAAAAUGAGUAUUACUAGGGAAUUCAACUACCUAAACAUCCCUUAUUCUUAUAUAUAAACAGAGAAUUUUACAAGUUAUUUAUUUUUUAGUAUGCCCUAAAUGUCUUUUGCUGUUACGUAGUACAUUUUGCAUAUGAAAGGCUAAAACUAAACUACCUUUACUUUUUAUACUGUAGUGAACAUUUUCUAUUCUUCCCAAGAAUGUUGUCCCAAAUCUGAAAUUACUGGUUCAGUUCCCUGGUAUAAACAUUUACAAUUAGAAGCCAGAUAGCACUGCCAGGGUAUACAAAUCAAAACACUUUAUAAUAUAUCGUGGCAGCAAAAAGGCCAAGGGAAACAAAAUAAAAAAUGUAUUCAGCAGAAAGCAAGCAAUGCUGACUGCUUGUUAGAAACCAGUCUAGCUAUUUCAGACUGUCCAAACGUCAGCCGAAGUAAUGGCAUUCAAAAGGCAAGGAGACCAGACAGCAUUUCAAUUCAGUUAAACCCUAGCCACAAAAGGACUCAAGAAAGGAAGAGUAUUUUUCUUGGCAGACAUUAAGUGCUCCCUCCAGAAAAACUUUUCCAGCAGCCAGGGAGAAUGAGCAGGGAUAUCAACUUGUGUUCAGAGGAAGGAGGAAGUCCUGAAAUCCACCAAUCUUUCACAACUCUCUCCCCCAACAGGCUUUCUCCAUCACUGACUCUCACCUUCUUUCUUUCUUCAUUAACUCCAUCUUGAUUCCCUGCCACUAUUUGCUCAUGAACUCAACCAGGCCUUAGCCAACCUCCAUCCCCAAUUCUCUACCUAAAAUGUGCUUCUCGAUCUUUUGAAAUCCUUGCCCCUAGGGCUGGCUGCUUAGCUCAGUUGGUUAGAGCUCAGUGUUGGUACAGGAAGGUUAAGGGUUUGGAGCCUCAAACUGGUCAGCCACCAAAAAAAAAAUUUAAAAAAUAAAAAACAAUAAAAAUCCUUGCCCUUUUUGAUAAACACUGAUAUUAUGAAAGCUUUCUCUUCUCAUCCCGCUUGGAUUCUAACAUACUCCUCUGGAGUGUAUCAUUCAGAAUCUUCUUGGCUGCUAGAGACACACAGAAGAUAGAGUCUAAAUUUUACACUCCAGUUUAAAAGAUUUGUCAAGCUUUUAAAGCAAUUAUUUUCAUUUUCCAAUUAUAGAAUGUUAGUAAAUUAUUAAAUGCAAUUUUUCAUCUACCCCUGUCUUCACUCAACCUGAAGUUGUGAUAUACCCUCCCAAGGAUGUUGUACACAUAAACAUACACACACACCCCUCCACUGACCUAAAGCCAAACACCUGCCAUGCACUUGGCGGGCUCCCUACAAAUAUUAGCAGAGGAUGAGGAGGAGGCAACAACUUUCAGGUAGCACUGAUUCUUGGACAUACUCUGUCCUGGGUCGAACCCCACUGGCAGCAGGAAUUCUGAAUGUAUUGGGGACCGCUUGUUAGGCCUCAAACACAGUACAGUUCACCCAGCAUUGCUGAACACUGAAGAUUCAGAAACAUAACAUAUCACUGAGGUCUUAAUCAUAGCAAAAUGUGAUAAAUCAUGUUGUGAAAAACUUUUAUACAUCGAAGCCAUGACCAUUUUGUGUCUCUUACUCUAGCACAAAAAUUCUUGGAUGUUAAAAGAUAGUUGUGUGAAUACUGUAGGUUCUGUCUGUUGUGUUACUUUCUGUGGAAAUGAGAGGGGUCUCCCAUUUACACUUAGCAAAGUCCCAUUGGUCAAUCCCAAAUGGUGUCUUGAAGCACAACUGAGCUGAGCACUGAGUAACCACAUGCUCUCUCAGUUCAAGUUUGUCGCCUUCUUCAACACGUAUGGUUGAUCAAGCCAAUACCUAAUUGCAAACAUCCCUGGUAUGAGGUUAUUUUGCUAUGUCUGAUCUAAAUGUUUGCAUUUUAUUCAACUAAAUUAAUAUCUGUAGAUUGCAAGUUUUUUUAAAGUAAGACACUUUACUGAGUUUUAAGUCCUUUUCUCCCGUUCUAAGGUGCCUUUCUUGCCUCCCAUUGACUCAGUGAUUCUGAAAGUUCUUAAUCUGCAAGUAAAAAAAAGUUUCAUAGAGAGGAGGAAAUUAGGCACAAAGUGACUAAUUCUCAUGCCCAUUUGCAAAGCAAAACUGUAAGGAAUGAUGAAACCUAGGCAACUAAAUUAAUGGAUCACUUCAUUCGAUCAGAUUGAAGAAAUAUAAAUAUUAAUUCCCCAGAAGCCAAUAUUUUUUGCCUUAAAUGACAUGGUUGUGUUUUUGUAAGAGAAACUUAAUUUAAUAUGAUUAUGUGCUUUUGAGUGAGUAGUUCUAAAAGUCACGUAUGACAAUGCAAUUGUCUGUUUCCUGAAAACAAAUAAAUCAGGAAUAUCAUAUCCAUUUCAAGCUACCAUUAAAAUGUAAUUUCCUUUGCUCUCUUUUACUGAGAUUAUUUGUUUUGAAGUAAAACAUUAAAAAGAUGUCUAUAAACAGCUAGUGUGACUAUUUUUAUCUGGAACUGACUGGUUGGUUCUGAACUGACUGGUCCAACUCAACCAU